AUGAUGUUCACGGCCGCACUUCUGUCAGUUGCCCCUUUGGCAUUCGCGGCAUUGGUAGAUGCCAUCGUAACUCAAGGCUCGUACACAUGGAAGAACGUCAAAAUUGGUGGAGGCGGAGGUUUCGUCCCCAACAUCGUCUUCAAUACCGAAGAAAAAGGCCUCGCAUACGCCAGGACCGAUAUUGGCGGUGUUUAUCGGCUGAACCCAGACGAUUCAUGGACACCUUUGACCGACUUCGCCAAUGAUACCUACUGGGGGUUCUGGGGCUCGGAUGCUCUGGCCACCGAUCCUGUGGACCCCAAUAACUUGUACAUCGCUACUGGCAUGUACACUAACUCUUGGGACCCCAACAACGGUCAUAUUCUCAAGUCGACGAACCGCGGCGCAUCGUUUACUGCAUUCCCUCUUCCCUUCAAGGUCGGUGGAAACGAUCCCGGACGAGGCAUGGGCGAGCGUCUUGCGAUAGACCCGAAUAAUAACAAGAUCCUGUUUUUUGGAGCACGUUCAGGCCACGGCCUUUGGAAAUCGACCAAUUCCGGAGAAACUUGGACGAAUGUCACAUCCUUUCCAUCUGUCGGCACCUAUGUUCAGGAUCCGACGGAUCCUUCCGGACUGGGAAGCGACAUCAUGGGCAUCGCUUGGGUCACCUUCGAUCACGUCUCCGCUGACUCCAAGACCUCGACCGGAUCUAAACGCAUCUUUGUCGGUGUUGCUAACAUGGGUGCGGACAACGUCUUCGUCAGCGAGGACGCCGGAGUUACGUGGAAAGCUGUCUCUGGCCAGAACUCGACCUUCAUCCCGCAUCACGGUGUCUUGAGUCCCAAAGAGGGCCCUGCUCUGUACCUGCCCUACGCUAACGGCAUUGGCCCUUACGACGGUACCGCCGGUUACGUGAAGAAGUACUUCAUCAAUAACAGUACUUGGGUCGACAUCACUCCUGCUCAAGGCAUCGCGGACAACGCUUAUGGCUACGGUGGUCUCUCUGUCGACUUGCAAAGGCCGGGUACGGUGAUGGUCGCACCCCUCAAUGAAUGGUACCCGGAUGCCGACAUCUACCGUAGCACCGACGGCGGUAAUUCGUGGACCGGACUCUUUACGACGAGUUACCCACCUCCCGACUAUCAGCUCUUCGUCAAUCGCUCUUAUAAUUACGAUGUUAGCAAAGCGCCUUGGAUCACGACCUUUGCGACGGGAGAUACUAAGCACAUCGGAUGGAUGAUCGAGGGCCUCUCGAUUGAUCCUUUCGAUUCUAACCACUGGUUGUACGGUACCGGGUUGACACUCUAUGGCGGACACGAUCUCCUAAAUUGGGACGCUGCCCCUCGCAAGAAUGUCACGGUCGCGAGCCUGGCAGACGGAAUCGAGGAAACUGCGGUUCAGGGCCUAUCGGCUCCUCUCAGUGGCCCUCUCCUAUUGAGCGCUGUUGGCGAUGUCGGUUCUUUCCGUCACACCUCUUUGACCACUCCACCUACGGAGAAUGCAAACCCGAUAUGGGCAGGAACCGCUUCUGAUGUUGACUACGCCGGUGGUGCCCCUUCUAACCUCGUGCGUCUGGCGGGCAUCGCUGGCCAACCGAUCGCCACGAGUAACGACAGCGGCGUCACCUGGACUCCUCUUUCGACCGCAUCGAGUACGGCGUCCGGCGGCAAGAUUGCAAUCUCUGCGGAUGGCUCGACCAUCGUUUGGUCCCAGGCGUCGGGCUUGAGCGGACCGCAAUACUCUGCGAACGGCGGGGCCUUUGCAGCCCCGGCAGGCUUGCCUUCAUCGGCGCUCGUCGUAGCCGACAAGCUCAACACAUCCGUGUUCUAUGCCAUAUCCGGGAAAUCGUUCUAUGUAUCCGCCGACGGUGCCAAGACGUUUACCCAGACCUCCACCCUCGGCACCGCCCAGUCUUCCACCGCGAUCGCUGCGUCCCCGUUCAAAGCAGGAGAGCUGUUCGUCUCUACCUCCGCGGGCGUCUUCCAUUCAACGGAUUUCGGCAAGACUCUUACCAGCAUACCCGGCGCAACGAACGCCUGGGACAUCGCCGUGGGUGUGCCCAAGACGAAGAGCGCGAGGACGCCGCCGGUGCUCUUCGCUUCGGCGACCAUCUCGGGUGUCAACUCCGUUUACCGCACGGAUGAUCUCGGCGCGAACUGGGUAAAGGUGGCGGAUGUCGCGCAUGGCUUCGGGUCCGCAUCUGGCUUGGUUUUGGCGGCGGAUGCGAGAGUGUAUGGGCGCGUAUUUGUGGGGACGAACGGGCGAGGUAUAUUCUACGGAGAAGUCUAA